AGAGAGAGAGAGAGAGAUAGAGAGAAAGAGAGAGAGAGAGAGAGAAAGAGAGAGAGAGAGGUUUCAGCCCUGGAUUCGAGAGGAGGCUAAUUUACGAGUCUUGUUUUGCCUUUCAGGAAAAAGGGGGAGAUAAGAGGGGGAGGGUGGUUGGUGAAGGAGAAUGCAGCAAUCACAUUUUUAAGCAUGCAGAAGCGGGCCGUUUUCGGUUCCUAGGCUGGUGUGUCCCCCCCACCCAAGGCCAGCAGCCGUAUGGGGAAAGCAGCGGCAGACACAGAUGGCAUGGACACUUCCACAAGGUCUGCCGCUCUGCCCUGCCUGCUCUGCCGGAGCCCGUUCACCGCCGUCUCUCUCUUCCAGCUCGCUCCGCCGCCCAGCAGCACUGCAGCACAGCACAGGCUGACGGCAUGAGGCUUGAUCCAGUGCAUUUCUCCAUGCUGGUCAUCGGGGUCUCCUUCGCCUGUUACGCCCCGAGUCUCAACUCCCUCCAGGACCAGGCGUACCGAUCCGCCGUGGUCAUCGAGGGCGAGGUGCGCUCCUCCCCGGAGAACGUCUCCUCCCGGGAGCCCUACAGUGUGAAUGUCAAAGUGCUGGACGUGUGGCCCGUCAACAGCGGCGGCCUCGAGAGGGAGCAGCUCGUGACCGUCGGGGACUUCGGUUCCGAGGCCCCGUGCACCACGGUGGAGAAGGACCACAGAUAUAUCUUUUUCAUGGACCCCACUGCUGAGCCCCUGGUAUUCAAGGCAUCGUACGCCCCUGUGGACGCCAGCGAGCCGGAGCUGAAGAAGGAUGUGGAGAAGGUGUUGUGCGAGGACUGCGCCUCUGCUCCUAAGCUUCGUCUGACUCGUGGCCAGUCUCUGGUGGAAGGGGACAAGCUGUACUUGAAGUGCGAGGCGUCGGGGAAUCCCAGCCCUUCCUUCCGCUGGUACAAAGACGGACAUGAGCUUCAGAAAGGCAGAGACCUCAAAAUAAAGACCAACAAGAAAAACUCCAAGGUGCAGAUCAGUCGCGUCCGUGUGGAAGACUCUGGCAACUACACCUGUGUGGCUGAAAACUCCCUGGGACAAGAAAACGUCACGAGUAUAAUCAGCGUGCAGAUCUUGACCACCACCACCACCACCCCGUCUUCAGGCGUGAGUCACGCGAGGCGCUGCAACGACUCGGAGAAGGCCUACUGCGUUAACGGAGGAGACUGUUACUUCAUACAUGGUAUUAACCAGCUGUCCUGCAAGUGUCCCAAUGACUAUACGGGGGACCGCUGUCAAAACUCCGUCAUGGCCGGUUUCUACAAGCUGCUCAGAAUUGAAUUUAUGGAGUGUGACACCACAGCGGGCCCAGAAAUCGGACUUAACCUAGAUCCACCUGAUGGCGAACUCUACCAGAUGCGGUUGCUGACGAUCACAGGCAUCUGUGUGGCGCUGCUGGUGGUCGCAUCGUUUGUUUGCGUGCCUUACUGCAAAAAGAAGCAGAGGCAGAAGAUGCACAGUCACCUACACCAGAACCAGAAUCAGUGUGUGGAGCAACCCAACCGCAUGCUGGCCAACGGCCCCAACCACCCCGGGCCCGGGCCAGAGGAGAUCCCCAUGGUUGACUACAUCUCCAAGAGCAUCCCAACAACCGAGUGUGUGAUCAGCCACGGAGCCGAGGGUGCAGGCAACUACGCAGGCAGCCGAAUGUCUACGCGCUCCCACCACUCGACCACUGCCUCACAUGCUUCCAGACACGAGGAGCAGACGUGGAGCAUGGAGCGAACAGACAGUAUGAACUCAGACUGCCAGUCGGGUGGGCUGUCCAGCUCUGUGGGAACCAGUAAGUGCAGCAGCCCGGCGUGCAUGGCGAGGAGGGCCGCCCAUUGGGGGUGCACGGACAUGUCCGGACCGGGAAUGCAGUACGGGGAUUCCUAUGACUCUCUAAGAGACUCGCCUCACAGUGACAGGUAUGUGUCGGCGCUGACCACGCCGGCGCGCCUGUCUCCCGUGGAGUUCCACUACCCCCCGUUGCCGCCCCAGGUGCCCACCUUCCACAUCACCUCGCCCAACACAAGCCACGCCCUCUCCUUGCCCCCCGCCGCUGCCGCCUACCACAGAGAGGAUGACCAGCCGCUGCUACGAUGCCCUGAUGAUGGAAGUUUAUACCGGCAGCCCCGGCGUCCGCGGCGACCCUACCUGACGGAGAGCACAGGAAGUCUACCGUCCAGCCCCUACCGCCUCGCUGACGACGAGGCGUACGAGACCACACAGGAGUACGCCUCUUCGCGGGAACCCAUCCGGAGCCGACGCCGCCCGCGACGCAACCGCCUCAACGGACACAUCUCCCAGCGUUCAACGGGCCUACGGGACUACAGCUCACAGAGUUUCAGCCAGUCAGAGGAGGAGGAGGAAGAGGAGGAGGAAGAGGAUGGUCACGGGGAGAGCACACCUUUCCUUAGUAUGCAGAACAUGAACAUGGACCCGCCCUUAACCCUACCGGGUUUCCGCUCGUCUUCUGGUGCGGACACACGGACUCACCGCGGGCUGAGUCGGCCGGGGACACGCAGCAACGGGCAGAGCCGCGGCUCGCAGUCGCAGCGCUCCAAGGUCGACAACAUGCCCCUUUAAGACUUAAUCUGCCCCCCUCCCUGCCCCCACCCACCCCUCCACCUGACACACUCCCCUUCCUCCUACAGUACACACAACCAGUGGACUAGAGACCUGCACCUAGGAGAAAUAUUUUUAUUUUGUAUAACAGACAGAUAUUCUAAACAAAUGAAAUAUUUAUUUUCAUUUCAGCAAAAAUUGUCUACUAGCUAACAGCAAAGACUUUUUUUAUAAUGGGGGGGAUAUUUAUAUGUAAAGUUUUUUGAUUUACAGCAUUAUGAGAGAUGAAAAAAAAUAAGAGAAUUACGUGCCAAUUUUUUCACAAGUUAGAUAAAUAGAAUAAUAUUGUGGUGCCUUUUGCUGUAUCGGAGGUCCCAUUGAGUUUUGUAGCCUUUCUUAUAAAGACUCCUCGUUUUUAUAGAGACCAACCAUAUUCCUUCCUAUUGCUUUGGUUUUUUCUCUGAUUUGGGAUCUUCCUCUCUUUGAACUGUGAUCUGAUUAUGUCAUGCAAUAUUGAUUCCUCCUGUGUAAAAGGUGUCUGUUUACAUGAGUAUGAUCCACGCGACGCGCUCGUUUCACAGGGACAUUGGUCACUGACGCAAUCGGAAGUGUAGGGUAGUUCUUCUCGGAUGAUUUAUGGAUGAAUCACAUCAGCCAUUUAUGUCCUCGUUCGCUGCCUGUCAGUCAUUUGUUGUUAUUUCUGUGAAAAAAAAAAGAGUGUUAGGGAGUUUUUGAGGGGAAGUAACUCCAGAUUCCUGCGUAGGUGUUCAGGGUGCUGCCAUGUGUGUAUGUGUGUGUGUGUGUGUGUGUGUGCGUGUGUGCGUGCGUGUCUCAUGAAACCUCCUUUGGUUUGGCGUCUCCGUUCACCUUGGAAAGUGUGGUCUCUCGUUUGACUGACAUGCUCCUCUCACCAAUCCUCACGCUGCCAGAAGCUUCAUUGCACUGUAAGAACCUCCCUCCGUGAGCAGUCAUUGGCCAGGGAGCUGCCAAUCCAAACCGAAACCUAACCAAUCCAGUUGUAAUCCAGCCUGACUCUGGCCUCCCGUGGACUGCCCAGCCCGCCCGUUUCCUAUGCCAGCAGCUUAGAGCCGCACUGUGUCUCAGGACUUCCCCAUCGCAUCACAGCCAAAAGACUCAAAGCAGAGAGCGCAACGUCAUCUCAGUCACAGUUCAGUCCGCAGGCCAGAUCCACAUCCCCUCUCUCUCCUUCCUGUCUGUCUGUCGGGUUUGUUGCAUUCACUCAUGCCCAUGAUUAAAGGAGCGUGGGUGAAAACUCUUGGAAUCAGAAGGGUGAUUCAGAUUUUUUUUACUUUAAAAGGUUGUGUGUAUGUGUAAGUGGGCAUGUGUGUCGCUGUGUGUGGGUCACAAGGAACGAAUGAUGCGGAGACCACAUCUGUUCACUAUGUUGCAGGGGCGUAACUAGGAAUUCUGGGCCCCUAAGAGGAGGAUAUUGCACUGGGUUCCCCCGUUUUCUUUCUUUCUUUUACUAACAUAAUCCUGCUACUUCACGGUCCCUCUCAAAAUGUGGGGCCCUGGAAUUGCCCCCACCUUUCACCCCUGUAGUGAUGACACUAUGAUGGCUCUAAUGGGAAAAAUGGCUCGCAGGUCGCUGCGUGCAGGUUUCACCCUGCUAAAAAGUGAGUUUCUGAGUCGGAUUCUAUUUUUUUCUUUAGCUCACAGCCAAACGGUGGAAUAUGAUAAUACUGAUUACUGCAUCCUUGAUUUGCAUUCCUAUAUCUUUAUUGAUUGAACUUCUUUUGCUUGGUCAUAUUGACUGAAUGAUCUGUUAUCUGUCCGUCUCUGUCAGCCCCGCUCCGCCUCACAUCGCCCCUCACCUUCAUCUCGUCUUUCUCACCCCCCUUCACAAGCAACUAGCAGGCGAAUUUAGGCCCAGUCUCCAGAUGAGCAUACCGAACAGAACACUUACACCAGGCUGAUCACAUCCGAAACUCGUCACCUUCAGACACACGACGGGUUUAGAGACCCUUUUCAAGCUCACUGAGGAAAAUUAGACCGUGUCAGAUACAAUACGUGUCCCUAUUAGAGUUAAUUUACAAUAAGUGGAGUUUUUUGUUCUUUUUUUCACACAGGAGAUGCAUGGAUCACAGAUAUAGAAAGUAUUUUAAAAAUGAAGUGAAAAACCCCUUCAGAUUCAGGCGAAUCAUGCUAGAAAUGUAUAAAAAAAAAAUCAUUUUUGGGUUUAUGGCCCAAAAGUUCUGGAUAGUUAUGUCUUACUAUCUCUGUAAUCAACCUGGGAUUUGCAAUGUGGAAAUACUGCAAGUGAGGGUAGUGUGCUUUUAGAGCUAGUUGAAUUGUUAACACCCCCCCACCCCCCACCCCCGCCUUGCCCCUUUCCUCUUUUUCCUCACCCUAUUUUCCCUUUACAUGCACACAUAUAAUACAUAUUUCACACUUCCUCACACUCAAUGAGCACACACAGACACACAAACCCUCAUAUGACACACACACACACACCCAGAGCCCUACCAUGUUUGUGUUUGUCAAGCAGUUUGCCUUUGUCUUCAUUACCUCCUGCUCCCUCCUUCCUGCCUCCUCCCCCCCCCCCCCCCCCCCCCCCCCCCCAACCCCUCUGCAUGUCCUAGUGGUACUGGUAGUUGGGUGCAUGGAAAAAGCAGCAAGCAAAUCGUUUUUCCACUCGGUGAAA